AUGCACUCAGACGCGUUCCAUGGGAUCAAGGUGGGCAAAGCGGAACUUCGACUGGCAAUGUUUGCUGACGAUGUUCUGCUGUUCACCUCCCGCCCGAAGGAAGACAUCUUAUUCAUUAGAACUUUGUUAGAUCAUUUUAAAACGUUCUUGGGACUCCGGAUUAACUUCCUGAAGAGCGAAAUCCUCCCCCUGUCAGGGACGAUGGGCAACGACGCCUUCCUCAUUAAACCAACCAAUAUCGAUAUGUCCGAAAUGUGGACUCCAACGCCCAACCUUACAUCACUGCUUUUGGGGGUUCCAGAGAUAUCGGACUUUUGGAACCAAGUUCUUGCAUAUAUCAACACUAUUGUUUCCUGGAAACCAGACUUGGAGUACUCAUUGUGCCUUUUUGGCUACCUGGACCGUUCUACCAACCAUCGAGAAACGGGUCCAUUUAACUCAAAUGCCCUUGAAAACAUGGUUCGCAGUCUUGAAAAUCAUAUCAACAGGACACGGAAGCGAAGUCGUAGACAUGCAAGUGAUAAUGAUUACAACAUUGAAGUUCUUCUUGGAGCAGAUGACUCUGUUGUACGAUUUCAUGGAAAAGAAUAUGUGCAAAAAUAUCUUUUGACGCUUUUAAAUAUUGUGAAUGAAAUCUACCAUGAUGAGUCAUUGGGUACCCAUAUUAAUGUGGUCCUUGUGCGAAUAAUAAUGGUCAGCAAAUCAAAAUCUUCUUCUUUAAUUGAAAUUGGAGACCCUUCAAAAAGCUUGGGAAAUGUGUGUGGAUGGGCAUAUCAGCAACAGAAACCUGAUUCUGACCAUGCUGAAUAUCACGAUCAUGCAAUAUUUCUUACAAGAGAGGAUUUUGGACCUUCUGGAAUGCAAGGCUAUGCGCCGGUGACAGGAAUGUGUAACACAGUACGAAGUUGUACACUUAAUCAUGAAGAUGGGUUCUCUUCGGCAUUUGUAGUAGCUCAUGAAACUGGCCAUGUGUUAGGAAUGGAACAUGAUGGGCAAGGAAAUAGGUGUGGAGAUGAAGUCAGGAUGGGAAGCAUUAUGGCACCUCUUGUACAAGCUGCAUUUCACCGUUUCCACUGGUCUCGAUGUAGUCAGCAAGAGCUCAGUCGUUACCUAAGUUCAUAUGAUUGCCUGCGUGAUGAUCCAUUUGCACAUGACUGGCCAUCUCUUCCUCAGCUACCUGGAUUCCAAUAUUCAAUGAAUGAGCAAUGCCGGUUUGAUUUUGGUGUGGGUUACAUGAUGUGUACUGCUUUUCGAACUUUUGACCCCUGCAAGCAACUUUGGUGCAGUCAUCCUGAUAAUCCAUAUUUUUGCAAAACAAAAAAAGGUCCUCCUUUGGAUGGAACAAUGUGUGCUCAAGGAAAGCAUUGCUUUAAAGGACACUGCAUCUGGCUUACUCCUGAAAUUCUCAGACAAGAUGGAAAUUGGGGGCCAUGGAGUAAAUUUGGUUCAUGCUCUCGCACUUGUGGAACAGGUGUUAGAUACAGAACAAGGAGCUGUGACAACCCUCACCCAGCUAAUGGAGGUCGUUCAUGUGUAGGGCCAAGCUAUGAGCUAGAGCUUUGCAACACUGAAGAUUGUGACAGAGAUUUUGAGGAUUUUAGAGAAGAACAGUGUAAACAAUGGGAUCCAUUCUUUGAAUAUCAGAAUGCUAAACAUCAUUGGAUUCCAUAUGAGCAUCCCGAUGAAAAGGAAAGAUGUCAUCUUUACUGCCAGUCUAAAGAAUGUGGAGAUGUUGUAUACAUGAAGCGACUAACACAUGAUGGAACACAAUGCUCAUACAAAGAUUCUCACAAUAUUUGUGUUCGAGGUGAAUGCCUGAAAGUUGGUUGUGACAAAAUUAUUGGCUCAACCAAAAGAGAAGAUAAGUGUGGAGUGUGUGGUGGUGAUAACUCACACUGCAAAAUUGUAAAAGGAACUUUCACAAGAACACCCAAGAAACAAGGUUACAUUCGGGUAUUUGAAAUACCAGCUUCUGCCCGCCAUUUGCAUAUUCAGGAAACUGAUUCAUCUCCUCACUAUUUUGCUAUCCGAAAUCAAGCAACUGGAAAAUUAAUCUUAAAUUAUGAAAAUCAUCAGGAUUCAAAAGUAUUUGUGAAAAUGGGUAUUGAAUGGGAUUAUCGUAAUAAUGACAACCGAGAAACACUUCAGACCAUCGGGCCUUUGCGAUAUCCAAUUGCCGUCCUUGUAAGUUGGUAUAUG